AGCUAACAAAACCCUUCUUUCUAGUGCCAACCCAGUCUCGAAACGUUCUUCGAGCUUAGCAAGACGAUCUUACAGUUCCAUUCGAUCCACAAGUCUAGCUUAUAGCUUUUGGCCCAGCGAGUUCGCGAUGGCUUCUCGUCAGGAGCAGGCUAGCUACCACGCCGGCGAGACCAAGGCCCGUGCCGAGGAGAAGGCGGGGCAGGCGAUGGGCGCGGCGCAGGAGAAAGGGCGGGAGGCCAAGUCCAAGGCUUCCGGCGCCGCGGAGGCCACCAGGGCCAAGGCGCGCGAGGCCGCGGACCGCACCAUGGGUUUGGGUGUGGGCCGCGACGCCACGGAGGCCACCAGGGACAAGGCCUACCAGGCCAAGGACGCGGCCUCCGACGCCGCGGGCCGCGCCGCGGACAAGGGCCGCGGCGCCGCGGAGGCCGCCAGGGACAAGGCCUGCGAGGCCAAGGACAAGGCGUCCGGCGGCGCGCAGCAGGCCGGGGGCUACAUCUCGCAGACGGCCGAGGCCGCCAAGCAGAAGGCGGCCGGCGCCGCGCAGUACGCCGUGGUGGCCGGCAAGGACAAGACCGGCGCCCUCCUGCAGCAGGCAGGGGAGACGGUGAUGAACACGGCGGCGGGGGCCAAGGACAAGGUGGUGAGCACCGCCGUCGGGGCCAAGGACGCCGUGAUGAACUCGCUCGGGAUGGCCGGAGAGAACGACGACGGCACCACCACCAAUUCCGGCAAGGACACCAGUACCUACAAGCCUGGCAGGGACUACUAAUCCAAGGAUGGAGAUGCUCCUGUGCUGCUGCCAAACUGUUAUCUUGUUUAGGUUCACAGUUUCAGAGGUUCAGUUACGUAUCUACGUGUGCGUUUCACUUUGCUUUGAUUCCAACCUGUGUUUGCCUCACUGGUUAUGUGGAGGUUUGUAACUUUUUUUCUUUAAUUAGAACAGAGGUGACGUAGGGGACAUUGUCCAACCGGACGCCUCUUUGGCCUCUUGUGUUUUCGUUUCUUGAUCUAAUAAAAGUUGCAAAGCAGGUGUUUUGUUUC